CUUUGCUUAUAUAAGGAGAAGCAAAAAAGUGGAAAGAGAAAGAAGAGUAAGUGGAGAGUAAGAGGCAUCUGAGGACUUGGCUGAGUGUGGUGCUCUGGAGCAACUUGACAAAUUGCUAUGGCAUCUGGACCUAAAAUGUUGGCUCCCAAGUGUCUGAUAGAAAAUGUUAAUGAGAAACUGACAGUAAACCAGGAAGCUGUACAGAUUCUUGGCAAGAUUUCUAAUCCAGUGGUGGUGGUGGCCAUUGUUGGACUGUACCGUACUGGAAAAUCCUACUUGAUGAACCGUCUCGCAGGACAGAACAGUGGUUUCCCUCUGGGCUCCACAAUACAAUCUGAAACCAAGGGCAUCUGGAUGUGGUGUGUGCCCCACCCCACCAAGCCAAACCACACCCUGGUCCUUCUGGACACUGAGGGCCUGGGUGAUGUGGAAAAGGUUGAUCCUAAGAAUGACUCUUGGAUCUUUGCCCUGGCCGUGCUUCUGAGCAGCGUCUUUGUCUACAACAGCAUGAGCACCAUCAACCACCAGGCCCUGCAGCAGCUGCAUUAUGUGACAGAGCUCACAGAACUAAUCAGGGCAAAGUCCUCAAAUUCUAACGAAGUACAAGAUUCUACAGAGUUUGUGAGUUUCUUUCCCAGCUUCAUCUGGAUUGUACGGGAUUUCAUUCUGGAGCUGAAGCUGCAGGGUCAGCCCAUCACAGCAGAUCAGUACCUGGAGAAUGCCUUGAAGCUGAUUCCAGGUCAGAAUCCCAAUGCACAAAUAUCCAAUCUUCCUAGGGAGUGCAUCAGGAAAUUCUUUCCAAAUCGGAAGUGUUUCAUCUUUGAUCGGCCAACGAACAACAAAGAUCAUCUACUCAAUAUUGAAAAUGUCUCAGAAGACCAACUGGAUCCUAAAUUCCAAGAACAAACACGUACUUUCUGUUCCUAUAUCUUCACUCAUGCAAAGAUCAAGACCCUCAAAGAAGGAAUCGUGGUAACUGGGAAUCGCCUAGGGGCUCUGGUCAAGACCUAUGUGAAGGCCAUCAACAGUGGGGUGGUGCCUUGUUUGGAGAAUGCAGUGACCACUCUGGCCCAGCAAGAGAACUCAGCAGCCAUGCAGAAGGCAGCUGACCACUACAGUGAGCAGAUGGCCCAGAGAGUGCGGUUCCCCACAGACACACUUCAGGAGCUGCUGGAUGUGCACUCAGCCUGUGAGAAGGAAGCCAUCAAGGUCUUCAUGGAGAGGUCAUUUAAGGAUGAAGAUCAGGAAUUCCAGAAGCAGCUGGUGAAAAUAAUAGAGAAUAAGAAGCAGGAUUUCUUGCUGAACAAUGAAAAGGAAUCUGAUCAAUACUGCCAGAAUGAACUGAAUUUGCUUUCAAAAGCAUUAAUGGAAAAAAUUUCAGCAGGAAAUUUCUCUGUUCCUGGAGGGCACCACUUAUACAUGGAAUUAAGGAAAGAGAUUGAACGGGGCUAUCAGCAAAUACCCAGGAAAGGAGUAAAGGCAGGGGAGGUCUUCCAGAGAUUCCUGCAGUCACAAGUAGCAAUAGAGAAAUCCAUCCUGCAGUCAGAUAAAGCUCUCACUGAUAGAGAGAAGGCCAUGGAAGAGGAGAGAGCCAAAACAGAGGCAGCUGAGAAGGAACAGGAACUUUUAAAACAGACAGUACAGGAGCAACAGCAGAAGAUUGCAACUCAGGAGAGGACUCUUAGGGAAAACAUGGAACAAUUGCAAAAGAAGCUGCAGUUGGAGAGAGAAAACAUCCUGAGAGAUCAAAGAAGAGUGUUGGAUCAGCAGUUGCAGAUGCAAAAGGAUUUGCUUGAAGAAGGAUUUAAGAAGAAAUCUGAGGCAAUGAAUAAAGAGAUAAAUCAUUGGAAGAAUAGGAUGGAAGCUACGAGGAAGGACGAUGCGCCUUUCAUUGAGCGAGCCUUGACUGCCCUUGGGCAGGGAAUAGUCUCAACUCUAUGUGCUCCUGGUAUACUGCUCAGCAAAGCUGUAAAAGGAAUUUCUUCAUUCUUUAAGUAAUUUUAUCUGUAAUUGUAAGGAAAUGACAGAUUUUGAGUAUUACCUAAAUGUUGUGAGACAAGCUUCACAGUGUCACUUUUAGUAGCACUGAUAUUGGAAAACAGAUAGUAAAAUGACAGUGGGGAUCUAUUUGGCCAAAUACGGAAUUGUCUUCAGUCUAUUGUAAGGUUGAGAUAAAACAAACUCAAACA